GAUAAGCCAAUUACGUGAAAAUAAAAACCAACUACUCUUGAACUUUUUCAUGAAUUCCGAUACACUUUCUUCCUUUUCCAGCUGUUAGUGUAAGUUUAGUGAUCCUUCGUACUGUAUUAUUUUAAGUAAUUCGAGUAAAUUGUCAUCGUAUCGGAAACUUACACCGUUUUAGCGAACAAUUAAACCCAAACAGUGGUCUUGUUCGUUGGUGCAGUUCGUGGAUUUUUCUCGUUCAACUCGAGCACUCUACUUGUGUUUAAAUCGUUUUGAAAUUUUGUUUCACGAUGCCCGAAUCGAAUUCACUGUUCGCCAAUGUUUGGAGAUGUUUCCUGUCACCUAAAUUAUUCCGCAUUUAUAAUUUAAGAAACUCGAAUGGUUACUACGAACCGAACGCUUUAGAGAAAUGGGGAGAUACGAUCAUUCAAGCGUCGAUCGUGCUAUGGCACGUGACGUGUUACGCUUUCCCAGUCAUGGUGUAUACGGCCUACAAGCGGAAUUAUUUCACCACCGAAGGACAAAUCUUUUUGCUGAAAUUGGGCGCAGUUGGAGCCAUCACGAUAUGCUCGGCUUUUGUCCUAAGAGCCCUCGGAAGAGCUACGAAUGCAACUUAUUUAGAAUUCAACGAAAAAUAUCGUAGUAUUAUUCGCAAUUAUAAUAGCGAGACGAAGAAACAAUUGCAAAAUUACGAAUUCGAUUAUACCGCUUGGCCUGUGGACUUUGAUUUGAAGAGUGAUAAGUACAAAGGCAAAGUUUCAAUUGCAUGUUCAGAAGGCACAUUCAGCAAAGCACUUUCCAGUCCCAGUAGCUUGGUUGGAUACGCGGCUCUUCACUCGUUUGCUAUCAAAAUGAUUUAUCCAGGCAGCAUUUCUACAAUUAAUUAUCUCAUAAGGAAUAAUUUAAGCAUCGGUAGAAAAAAGCUGAUUGAGGAAAAACACGCAGAAAGGUUCAAAUUGGCAACACCGGAUAAUAACGAGUUAGACGUUAUGUUCGUCGAUCAAAGGAAUAAAACGGCUUUGGGUUCGACUCUAGUCAUUUGCACGGAAGGUAAUGCAGGAUUUUAUGAGAUUGGGAUCAUGGUUACACCCUUAGAUCUUGGGUAUUCUGUUUUGGGCUGGAAUCAUCCUGGUUUUGGAUGGAGUACGGGCACACCUUACAUCUAUGCUGAAAAAUGCGCCAUGGAAACCGUACUACAGUUUGCUUUCCAAAGACUCAACUAUAUCCCAGAGAAUAUAAUAUUAUUCGGAUGGAGUAUCGGAGGAUUCGCAUCUUCGUAUGCUGCCACCGUUUACCCAGAUAUCAGAGCUGUGAUACUUGAUGCCACUUUUGACGACAUCUUGCCAUUGGCUGUUAAACAAAUGCCCAAAUUCUUAGAACCCAUCGUCAACGUAUCUAUUAGAGAUCACGCUAAUCUAGACGUGGCUUCUCAACUUACCCAGUACUGUGGUCCUAUCGUACUUAUUAGAAGAUCCGAAGACGAGAUUAUUUCGUUGACCGAAGGCGACAUUUCAACCAACCGAGGAAAUUAUUUACUAUUGAGAAUCCUGAAAUCCAGAUACCCUCAGUUAUUCACAAACGAAACGGAAGCAGCAUUAUGGGCUUGGUUCGGCGUGACCGCGCAUAAGAAAGAUCUCAUUUAUGAAAAAUUCAAAGUGAACUUGGACGCUUGUAAAUCAGAAUACGACGCUUACAAAAGUAAACUAGGCAGGCAAUACCCUACUUCUUUUGGUAAAGAUUUCGACAUACAGAAGAAGACUCAAAUGCUUUUGUAUCUGGCUAGUCUUUAUAUGGUUGAUUUUCCAUCGAGUCACUGCACAUCAUUACCAUCGGAUAUGUUCCAUUCAUUUUCACAGAUUUAAUACUCUUAACCACGACGACGUCAACCAUUUUUAAUACAUACUCACGUGAGGCGAACGAGUUACUUGUUCUACUUAAGUAAAAAUUUGGAGGGAAAAAACAUGCAGAAAGAGGUUUCUUAUGUAAAAAUUAAAACUAGGACAAUUUCGUUUUGUUUAGUUAAUUUUGGUGAAUUAAGAGUUCCUUUUGUGUUUGUAAAAUAUUUUGUUACACCUUUUACCAUAUUUGUAGUUUGUUGAUGUAUAAUCGAGCUAUCUAUAUGUAUGGAUGAAAUUGGAAAUACAUUUUUUUUUAAACAAU